GUGUGUGUGUGUCUCUCUGUCUCUCUGCAGAUCGUCCAGUUUGGGAUGAAUGCGAAGGUGGGUCAGGUGUCCUUCGACAUGCCUCGGCAGGGCGAGAUGGUUCUGGAGAAGCCGUACAGCGAGGCCACGGCCUGCCUCAUCGACACCGAGGUCCGGGUCCUGAUCACCGAGGCUCACCGGAGGACCCACCGGCUGCUGAGCCAACACAAGGCCGAGGUGGAGAAGGUGGCGCUGCGGCUGCUGGAGAAAGAAGUCCUGGAUAAAAGCGACAUGGUGGAGCUGCUGGGCAAACGUCCGUUCGCCGAGAAGUCGACGUACGAGGAGUUUGUGGAGGGGACGGGGGGAAUGGACGAGGACACGACGCUGCCCGAGGGUCUGAAGGACUGGAACCGCGAGAGGAAGGACAAGCCAGAGACUCCAGAGACUCCGGAUGAACAGGUGGCCCGCCAGAUCUCGGGGGGGAUGCCUUUCUGAAGAACUGAGCUGCUGGUCUACCGGAGCGUCUGUCUGGAGAAGACCAGGAGCUCUGAGAACAUUUCCUCUUCAGCCUGAAAAGAUCUCACGCUUCCUGUCCGAUGUCUGCGUUCCCCCCACCACUUCAUCGGAUCACCAGCCUCUUCCUGACCAGAGGGGUGUCUGCAGUUCCCAGAACUUAAUGUUCUAGAGCUGGGCAGUAUAUCAAUAUUAUAUCGACAUCGUGAUACGAGAUAGAUUUUGGAUAUCGUAAUAUAUCUAAAAGGGCUACGCCACCGUUUGUUGAAAUAGAGCUUAUCCUGGUCUCCCCUGGCUGUAGAUAGG